AUGUCGAGCCUCGACGGCGUGGCCGCCACCCUCCAGCAGGCCCUCCUCCUCGACGAGCCUAGCGCGCCGCCCGUCCUCCCGCCGUGGGACGACAACAAGCGCAACUUCACGGAGGGCCUGCCGGAGGGCCAGGAGUUCGAGUUCCGGAUGGAGGACCACCUGCACGUGGCCGAGGCGGCGGUGGCGGCCGACCCGCAGCUGCGCUCCAUCCGCUUCCACCUGGUGCCCCAAUACGUGGGCGAGAUCGAGUUCUGGCGCAACUACUUCUGGCGCAUCAGGCUCAUCCGGCAGGCGCACGGCCUCCCCGCCCUGUUCCCGCUCCGACCGCCCACGCCGCCGCCCCCGACUUCGCCUUCGUCAUCGUCAACGGCGGCGGAAGAGGGCAACAAGAACGGCGCCUCGUCUACGACGGCCUCGGGCUCGCCAGGCCAGCCCUCCGACGAUUACGACGACAGCGACGAUGAGGCCGCGUUUUUGGCCGAGUUGGAGGCGAUGGAGAAGGAGCACACGUCCAGCCUGGUCGUCGCCGCUUCGCCGGUGUUGCCUGCGGCGCUGCCGUUGCUGGCUACGCCCACCGCCUCCGCCACGGCGGUCAUGCCACCGGAAACGGGCGACGCGAUCCGCAACAACAGUGAUGACGGCGGCAGCUGCAGCAGUGGUGUCGUGGCCGCCGAGGGCGUGCCUACACCGGUUGCCGGCGCCGGUGUUGAUGCGUCGGAGGAGUACUCGAUCGAGGCCGGCGAUGACGACGACGAGGAGUGGGAGAAAGAGCUCGAACUCGAGCUGCGAGCCGAACUCGGCGGGCUGGACUCGCCAUGA